AGAGUAGCAAUUUUGACGCCUUUUAUGCCUUUCUUUUCAAAUGAGUUUUAUCUGAAAAGAUGCUAGGAAUGAUUCCAUGUCCAAUAAGAUGGAUGAAAAGGCAUCCGCGAAGAUAUACAACUGAACAUUUUAUAGCAUCCUCUGAAUCUUUCCUUGUGAAUGUUACCAUCUCAUGCAAUGUCAUCAAGUUAACUCGUUUGUUUCUUUUAUCUUCAUUAUCUGCUGAAGUCUUGCUUUAUUUAUACUUUUACUUUCGCUUCCCUUAUUCAUUCCAAUGGAUGGAUAAUUAUUCUUAUAAAUCAAGUAUAAAUAACAACAUUAUCAUGUGUAAAUUUUGAGUGAUUCAACUUCAUUUUGGUCUAGUCAACUGUUUUUUAUCAAUUUAUCUUCAUAAGAAGCUGUAAGAUCAACAGUAUGAUGAUAUUUUCAUAUUGUUCAUUUGAUUGGAGUCUUCUAUGGUUGACUAUCAGUUUGAUAUGUCAGUUUCCUACAUUGACAGUUGGUCGCUGGCCUUCCUCAGGUCAUCAUCAAAAUAAAAUGUCUUCAUCUGAAUCGUUGAAAGUAAUCAAUGUUGGUGCUGUUCUUGAAACAAGUGAGAGUAUCGGCCAAUUUUUUCAGGCAAUCGAAGAGGUCAACAUGGAACCCAAUGUACUUCCACCUGGAGUAUCACUUUAUGCAAUUAGUAAUCCACCUUCACCUAAUCCGGUUCGAAUGGUUCAAGAAUUUUGUGAGAAAAUGAUUAAAUCAGAGGUUUAUGCUGUUGUUAUUGAUGAUGUUGACUCACCCGAAGCAUCUGUUAUUUCUCAGACUUGUGAUUUUUUGAAUAUACCAGUAAUUGGACUAUCUAAUCGAAACAGUUAUCUAUCGGAUACUCAUAUGCAUUCUGUCUACUUGCGCACAGUUCCGCCUUAUUCCCAUCAAGUUGAUGUUUGGAUUGAAAUGCUAACUACUCUUAAUUAUUCUCAUGUUGUUUUUAUUCACGGCGCUGAUUAUGAUGGGAGAACAACUUUUACUCGAUUUCAAAGUCUAGCUGAAAAAUCAGGCAUUCAAAUUCGUUCAGUGAUUGAAUAUGAAACAGGAGUGACAGAUAUAGUUGACGAAUUGGAAGAAGCUGAUGAAGAAAUUCAAUGUCGUGUUUACCUCUUGUAUGCCAAUGAAUUAGAAGCCCAAUCAAUAUUUUUAGAAGUUCUUAAACUAAAUAUGACUUUACCCGGUUAUGUUUGGAUUGUUUCAGAGGCAGCACUUAGAGCCACAAAUGUUCCUGAUGGCGUUUUAGCCUUGCAAUUGUUCAAUGCAAACAAUCGAGCCAGUCAUAUUGUUGAUUCAAUUUACAUUAUUGGCUUGGCCAUUCGUGAUAUGUUACCAAUAGAAAAUGUUACCCGUCCACCGUCAAAAUGUGGCGAUUUGUCAGCUAAUUCAUGGGAAACUGGACCAACUUUCUACAAUUAUCUGAGAAAACAGUUUCUUCUUUAUGGUAAAACUGGUAGAGUUGCAUUCGAUGGUAAAGGUGAUCGCAUUGAUGCCGAAUAUGAAAUUAUCAAUCGUGUCAGAGGUCGUUCAGUGACUAUUGGUCAAUAUGCCUUUUCUCAAUCUAAAAUGAAAAUGCACCUUUCUUUGAAUAUCAAUGAGAUUACAUGGCCUGGUGGCCAAACAACUCAACCUCUUGGUUAUGUUCGCCCAAAUCAUUUGCGAAUAGUUACACUCGAAGAAGAGCCCUUCAUUUUUGUUCAAGGUCCCGUUUCAGGGGCAGAAGAAUGUAUCGGUGAUACUUUUCCUUGUGGCAAAACUGAUACAACCACUGGAGUCGAACGAAUGUAUUGUUGCUCAGGUUAUUGCAUCGAUUUCCUCGUCGAUCUCUCUCGACGACUAAAUUUUACUUAUACAUUGUACCAAGUUGCUGAUGGUGUUUAUGGUAAUUUUGAACACGUAAAUGGUACAAAUGAACCUAAAGUAUGGACUGGAUUAGUUGGUGAUUUGAUUUACAAGAAAGCUGAUAUGAUUGUGGCUCCAUUAACAAUAAACCCUGAGCGCUCUCUUUUUAUAGAGUUCAGUAAACCUUUCAAAUAUCAGGGAAUCACAAUAUUGGAAAAAAAGUUACCCAAACGUGCUGGUUUAGCGUCAUUUUUGCAGCCUUUUGAAGAAAGUUUGUGGUUAUUAGUUAUGAUUUCGGUUCAUGUUGUGGCCUUAGCUUUGUACCUUUUAGAUCGUUUCAGUCCUUUUGGCCGAUAUAAGCUUCCCAACUCUGAUGUUACAGAGGAAGAUGCACUCAACCUUUCUUCUGCUAUUUGGUUUGCUUGGGGUGUUUUGCUUAACUCUGGUAUUGGUGAAGGCACACCCAGAUCAUUCUCAGGUCGAGUUUUGGGAAUGGUUUGGGCUGGUUUUGCCAUGAUAGUUAUUGCUUCUUAUACUGCCAAUUUAGCUGCUUUUCUAGUCCUUGAAAGACCAACGACUUCUCUCACGGGUAUCAACGAUCCUCGUCUUCGUAAUCCAACGGAAAGCUUCACUUAUGCAACUGUAAAAGGGAGUGCUGUUGAAAUGUAUUUUAAAAGACAGGUUGAACUUAAGGAAAUGUACGAGUAUAUGCUUGAUAAAAAUUAUCCUACUGUUGAAGAUGCUGUUUUUGCUGUUAAAAAUGAUGAAGUUUCUGCACUGUUUUGGGAUUCUGCUCGUCUGGAAUGGGAAGCGGCAAAAGAUUGUGAUUUAAUCACUGCUGCUGAACAGUUUGGUCGGUCUGGUUAUGGAAUUGGUUUGGUUAAAAACUCUUUCUGGACCGAACAAAUGAAUUCAGCUAUUCUUUCUAUGCACGAAUCAGGCUUCAUGACUGACCUAGAUAAUAAAUGGAUUCUCUCAGAGGAUAAUGAUAUGUGUCUUAAUCGAAAUGAUCCUGUUCCAACGACUUUAGGACUUCGCAAUAUGGCUGGAGUUUUCAUACUUCUUGGAGCUGGGAUUAUUGGUGGAAUUGCUUUAAUUGUUAUUGAAGUUGUUUACAAAAAGAGACAAGUCUCUCAACAACGACAAUUGGAAAGUGCAAGAGCUGCUAGUGAAAAAUGGAAACGAUUUGUUGAAAAGCGUCGCCUGUAUCGGACUAAUAUUCAUGCUCUUCGUCAAGAGCAACUUCGUCAAGAACAAUUGAGAUCAGAAAAGAUUUAUUCAAGUAAAUUAGUAGACUCUCAACAACCAAAUAAAAUCGAAAAGCCUACAGAAGGACAAGUUCAUAGUCAAUCUGAGAAAACUUCUGAAAUAACUAAGCGAAACCCUAGUCAACAUCAACAGCAAUAUUAUCAGCAAUCAUCAUUAACUUCUCAAUAUUCAAAUUAUCAAGAAACAGAACAAAGAUCUCAACGGUUACAAGCAUCAAGUUUUGAAUCGGAUCAUCAGUGUACUCCAUUGGCAAGUCAACAUCAUCUGUAUGAUAUCUCAACCGCUCACCAUCAACCUCAUCAAGACGCGACACCAUACACAGUUGAAAGAGGAUUGACUGAAAUGAAGAUGGAAGAUAAUCGAAAGAAGAGAAAAAAUGACGUCGAAAUUGAAUCUAAAAUAGUUACUCCUCCAAGUGAAUAUCAAAGAAGUUAUCAUGAACAAAGUGGUCCCUACAGGUCUGCAAAGGGCAAAAGUAGUCAGCAAGCAGCGCAUCUUCGCCAAGCACACCAAAAUCAGCCACAAUAUCAGCAACAAAUCCGUUCACAGCAACAUCAGCAGCAACAUUACCAACAAAAACAACCACAAUUUCAUCAGCCUCCUCCUCAUCAUCAAAUUUCUUCCCAUUCCCAACAAUCUCAAGUUAUCACAUCUCAACCUCAUCUUCCUUCAGCAUCUUCAUCAUCAAACUUGCCAGCAUUUCAACAUUCGCAACAAACUCAUCCUCGCUCUCUUCACCAAGGUUACACUGCCUCAGUAACACCAUCUUUAUCUCGAUCAGCUCCGUCUUCUGUUGAAAUUGAAAUGGCCAAAGCUUCUUUGAAAAAAUCUUCCAAGCCUGCCAAAGAGGCAUCUUCAGGUAAAGGUGUGGGUAAAAGCUCAGAAGUAUCCAGAAAACGAUUUCUUAAACGCGAAUCUUCCAUGAACUAUGAAAGAGGAUCAACACCUGAUAGUUAUACUCGAGGAGGUGAUUCUCGACGAGGAACACCUUCUCCGAAUCAAGGACAUUUGAUCAAACCUCCUCAUGCUUUAGUUUAUUCCUCAAGACCUCAAGAUUUUAAUUUCAGCUAUGGUUAUACUACUUAAAGUGAUCGAGGUUUCAAUCACUAAGCAACUCUCAAUUAAGCCAUUAAAGUGUUUUUUUGUUGAAAAGGUCAAGUAUGUAAACUACCAUGUACAGUUCAGCCAAACAAAAACAAAAACUCUACUUCAAGUGAGAUUUACUUAUAAAUUUAAAAAAAUUUGUUGAUUAACUGCCGAAAAUUGUUACUAUUAGAUUAAUUGAAACAAAUGAUCUUAAUCUUA